AGCUCAAAAAUUUGCCCUCAAGAUGGACUUGCCAAAGUUUGCAUGUACACAGUCUUUUUCAUUUAUUUCUUACAUUGGUGAAUUAUGGUCCAUCGUUUCCUAUACAUUUAUCUUAGGCCUAUAUUAUAAAACAGCCAAAAUGAUUUCACCACAAAAAAUAUAUAUUUGUGCUACUCUAAUGUAAUACACCCAAUUUACAUAUUUGCAAAGCAGCUAAUUUAUUUGUUUGUAAUGUCUUUUAAUGCCCAUCCAGGCUAUGUAUUCCUACUGGCCAGCCCACAAAACAGCCGAGAGGGCAAGGAAGCAUGAAAUUCCUGAUGCUGACAAUUGGGGAAGAUACAAGAUUAGAUUGCUAAGAGAGACCAGUGACUAUGAAAAAGCAAAAAUAUUUGCUCGGAGGGCAGAGGAUACAUCCAAUGUCGAAAGUGAUGAUGAAGGACCACGGAGGAAACGUCGGCCAGCCAGACUGGCAUCAUCAAGCAGUGAUGUUGGCGCUGAUGAUAGUGACUUGGAACGACAAGUCGUUUGCAGGCAAGUAAGGAAGAAAAAGACUGACACUGGAAAGAAUAUUCCAAUGCCACAAGCUCCAAGAGUGGUGCAAUCGCCCUUGUAUGGCUCCAAGACUUCAUCAAACUCCAGUAACCACAGUCCACGAGCCUCAACAACCUUUGGCCAAUCUGCAGUCCUAACCCCCCGCAACCACCAGGCUUCAACAACGGUUACCUCUCACCAGGAAUCGCCUUCCACAUCAAGUGGGAGAAGAGGAGCUACCUCAGAAAGUAACUUAGUUAUCAGAAAAUAUUAAAACAUGUACAGCUUCAAUAAUGGGUACAUCAUUUAAUGUACACUUAGCAAAUUCGUCUCCUAAAUCUAGCCAUGAUUGCUAUUUUUGGCAUUUUAAAUCACAGUGCAGGGUGUCCUGUGUACCAUACCCAUGAUUGAAGCUGUGGACAGAUAUAUUAUCUAUGAA